UUAUUACUUUAAUUUGUUAUUUUAGAAUAAUAAAUUGAGCGAAAAAAUGGCAGCCAUUCGUAAAAAGUUGGUAAUUGUUGGUGAUGGAGCUUGUGGAAAAACUUGUCUCCUUAUUGUGUUUUCUAAAGAUCAGUUCCCAGAAGUGUACGUACCAACUGUAUUUGAAAACUAUGUUGCUGAUAUAGAAGUAGAUGGCAAACAAGUCGAAUUGGCAUUGUGGGAUACAGCUGGACAAGAAGAUUACGACAGAUUAAGACCGUUAUCAUAUCCUGACACUGAUGUUAUUCUGAUGUGCUUUUCCAUAGAUUCACCAGACAGUUUAGAAAAUAUUCCCGAAAAAUGGACUCCAGAAGUAAAACACUUCUGUCCUAAUGUCCCUAUUAUUUUAGUUGGAAACAAACGAGAUCUUCGCAACGACACCUCGACUAUUCACGAGUUAGCAAAAAUGAAGCAAGAGCCAGUCAAGAUUGAGCAAGGUAAAGAAAUGGCAGAAAAAAUCAAUGCCUUUUCUUAUUUAGAAUGCUCUGCGAAAACAAAAGAUGGUGUGAGGGAGGUUUUUGAAACUGCAACACGUGCUGCUCUUCAGGUAAAGAAAAAGAAGAAGGGAAAAUGUGUUUUGCUAUAAUAGUUCUUUUCACUGUUUGACUGUUGUUAGUAAUCGCUCACACAUGAUAUCACCAUAAAAACUUUAAAUCAAUAUUAUACCUAAUUUAAUGAUCAUUUUACCUUUACUAUUGUAUAAAAAUGCACUUUCGGGGAAACUGCCAUAUAUUUUCUCAUUUUUUUACAGGCGAAAACAAGUUUUGAAAAAUAAUUAGUAAUCUCCAAUUUCGUCUCGUUUGCCGGUUUUAAGGUUCCGUUGUUUUUUGGUUUUUGUUUUUUACUUAUUUGACAUGGAAACCUGGAGUAAAUUUUGUGUGUUUGGUCAGUCUCAAUUCAAGAAUACUUGUAAAACCUUCAUAAUGUAUUGGAUCAGAUUUUAUUUGUUAGAAUACAAUUAGAACAAAUUUCUAUUAGA